AUGGAGGCACGAGAUCUCGCGCCAGCUCGAAGCGACGAGGUGCUCGACCUCAAUGAAGCAAUUAUACAGAGCGUAUACGAGCCAACGGUGAGCGGUUUCUGCGCUGUUCCGGCCCAUUACCUCAUUCUCACUCAAUCAGGGAAGCCAGUGUAUUCACUAAACGGCAGUGAGGUGGAGUAUGUUGAAUAUUUGGCAAUUACCCAAACGCUGGUGUCUUUUUUUGCUGCGGACAACCAGCUUCUCAAAUCGUUCAGAUCCAAGAACACGACUUUUGUUUUCCGGGUGGUUUCUCCAUUGAUUCUUGUGGCCAUAGACAAACUGCACCGCUCCGAAACCCAGCUGGGCCACCAAUUGGACAUUCUGCAUGCUCAAAUUUUGUCCACAUUGACCCAAAACCAACUGGAAAAGGCUUUCACAAGCCGCCCCAAUAUGGACCUCCGCCCCUUGUUGGCCGGCACAGAAGUUUUUUUGAAUGCCCUGGCUAAAGACAUGGCCUCGGGAGAUCCUGUUUGGUUUGGAGCUUUAGAAAGUUUGGAGCUGCGCAAAACAACCAGACUGGCCCUCAAUUCGAUCUUGGUCGAGUGUCGAACGCCCAACAUGCUUUACGGAAUGAUCGUCGCAGACAAGCAGCUUGUGGGCGUUGUCCGCCCCAAGAAACACAGCCUGCAUCCAGCCGAUCUUUAUCUUUUGUUUAGCAUGCUAUUCAAUACAACUGCUUUCGACGAAGGUGAACACUGGGUUCCUAUUUGUCUUCCGAGAUUCAACCCCAAAGGCUUUCUGUAUGCCUACAUUCAUUUCUUCACCAAAUCAGCAGCAUUGGUGCUACUCUCACCCGACCGCACUGCAUUUUUUGAGUUGCAGCAGGCCUACACAAACAUCAUGGAGCAAAUCAACAAACAGAACUUGUUGUUGCCUCUUCAACAAGCAGUCGAGAGGGGAAGGCGGCCUGCAGACAGCUUGAAAGUGCCCGAGAUUUCGCACUUUCUUUACAAGUCGCGAGCAAACGUCCAGUACAUCCAAUCUGAUUUGCAGUCGCUAGGAGAUCAACAGACCCUGCUGAAGCUCGCCUACUCGCAAUUGCAAGGGUACAUGCACGACAACAAGCUCCGAAUUUGCCACGCCCGGUACCCCCACCAUGUUCUUUUAGCAUGGCAGACCCCAGCGUUCGAAUUGUACUGCGCAGCAAAGUCGUUGAAUAAAACCGCAUUGAGCGAAGCAGUCCGCAGAAUACUUAUUUGGGUCCGUCGCCACGAAGAACGCUUAUUUAUUACUGCUGGUGCUACAUUCUAA